AUGGAAAAGAUUAUAUUACUGGGGUGCCUUGCAAUUGUGACAUUAGUAAAUGCUCACGACGAAUGUUCUGUCGCUGUAAACCAAACACUUGGGGAUCUUGCAAAGAGAAGUCCAACCUAUUUCCAGGACUCUGUUCCUCUCUGUGACUGGGAUCUUACGCAGGGUUGGUACGUUGCGUUCCAUUAUGAAAUCCCAACGACAGCACCUGAUCUAGGCCACUGUGGAACAACGUACCCUUAUUGGCUUGAUGAUACAUUACCCAAACCAAAUGAAACAAAAGAUGCUAAAGUUUGUCAAGUCAAUUUCGAGGGUCAGUGUUCACGGCAACACAAUAUCAAAAUAAGGAACUGUGGUACUUUUUUUGUUUAUGAACUAAAAUCUUUAAACAGUUGUCCAUCAGCCUAUUGUUUUGGUGUAACAGAUGUUCCUUCGAACCUUAUGGUAGAGUAUCAUGGGGUUACAUGGGAAACAGAAAAUACAGCAUUCACAAUCUACCACCCUGACGUUAAUCUUGUAUGCCGCUUUGAUCGAAUAGAAGAUACAAGCUUUUAUUAUGAUGUCACGUGGUACGUAGAUGACACAGAAGUUCUCACACAUCAGACGGUGUCGUCUAAUUCGUCAGACCUGGCUCUGUUAAAAGGAACACAAAUGUUUGCAAAGAGAAAAAAGGCAAAUUCUAUGAUUCAUUGCAUUGUUGGGGCGAAGAUAAGUGCAGCAGAUCUACCAUGCAAAACAGUUUCUAGCUCGCUGUUUUAUGCAGGAAUUAAGGUAUUGACACCAACGUUAUCAAUACCAAGGGGAGACAAAGCAGACGUACAGUUGCAGCUAACAAUUCCAUUUAUAGAUAGACAUGGCGUUUUUUCUUUUAAUGGCAAACACGAACAUACACAGUCCAAUCUUAUGAUUUAUAUGGGGAUUCAUAACACAUCAAAAAAUGCGGACUGUGAAGAGCCAAACCAAAGAUUGUGUAAAACCAUAGUGAAGCCCUAUAUGAAGCACGAAGCUGAAAAGUAUGCAAGUGACGAAUGGAAAAUGAUUCAUAAUAUAACAGUUUACAACACCGAUAAUGGCGAAUAUGACAUUGACAAACAUAUCAUCCUUCGUUUUGAGACAGGAGAAACACAAGGAACUGGGAGCAAAAUAUUUGAACAUCUGAUUCUACCCGACAUUCAGGUUUACAUUGAGGAGAAGGAAUCCUCUUGGAAAGGUGCUUAUUGUGAAUCUCAUACAGAUCCACAUAUGAAGACCUUUGACAACAAAGACUUCGAGUGCCAGUUAUAUGGAACGUUUAUUCUGUAUCGAAACGAAGUCUUUCAACAAGAGGUGCAAGAAAAACAUCACAAAUGUUACGAAAGGUAUCGAGAUCCUCGAUGCAGCUGUGCUGUGGCUGUUCGGUCAGGAAAAGAUGUGUUCGUAGUGGAUGUCUGCAACUCAGAACAAUUCAUAAUAAAUUUUCCAUCUUGUGAUGACAAAGUUUUAAAAGUGAUUAAGGCAAAUGACAAAUACUACAAGGUAACCAUGCCAACAGGAACUAAAGUAGAAAUUAAGCUCCUGGUUUGGCCAUGGUACAGUGGUAUAUGGCAAUUAAAUAUUGACAUAUUUCCAUCCCCAUCUGACGUUGGAAAUUCGGCGGGUUUGUGUGGAAUUUUAGACAAGGAUUAUAAAAACGAUUUUACAAGAUAUGAUGGGACGGUUGACAACCCGGAUCUUUAUAAUUGGAGAAACCAUCCUGACGAUUUUUCAAUAUCAUGGAGAGUUAAUGACACUGAACGGGAUCUGUUUGAUCAAAAUGUAUAUGAAAGUCUCAAUUCAAUAUCGGAGGUAAUGGAUCGCGUCUGCACAUGCACAAAAGAAACUGGUACUAUUAAAUGUAAUUAUGGAACAUAUAAAGACUGUAAAUAUACCAUUGGCAAACAGUAUCAUUGCAUUAUAAAUCCAGAAGGGCAAUUACGAAGGAAAAGGGAUUUACGCCACCUAGAAUCAAUGUCUAAAUCUGUUCAACCCAAUUUCAAAUCAUCUUUCGCAAUAUCAAGAUUAAAACGAGAAACUGUGUCGGAUUUUAAAACUUAUGAAGAAGCUGAAAUGGUUUGCAGCAGUGCCUUUGAAGUCUCAAACCCCUACCAGACUUGCCUUAAAUACAUAACUGACCUACGUAACACGUCAUUGACGAAUUGCAUUUUGGAUAUUAUGAUGACAGGGGAUACCAACUUUACUCAGAUCCACAUUGAGGCUGCUUUGGAGCAGUGUUCUGUUUUCGUUAUUUUAAACACAACUUUUCAAGAGACGGAACCUGAAGUUACUUAUGCCAUUAAAUCCUUCUGUCAGAACAAUUGUAGCGAACAUGGAAUAUGUAAUGCCGGUAACUGUACGUGCAAUGAAGGAUAUGCUGGCAGCGAUUGCUCGUUUGAUCUCCUUGGACCACCAACCAUCUCUCACAUAUCAGACUUCGGUUUUUGCGAUAAAUCAAAGGAAGCUUGUGACGAGAUAACCAUGUUUGGGAAAUAUUUCAUCGAAAAUAUGAACACAAACUGCUUCAUGACACGAAACACAUUGCGAGAAAAUGGAACCUUUCUGUCGAUUGUUGAUUAUGUGGUUAGCCUAGAAGAGAGAACAUUGUUUGAAGGAUUUUGUUCUCUGGAGUACGAACAAGACAAUCACUGGGUUACAGAAUAUAGCUUCAAUAUCUCAAAUGACGGCAGCAGAUUUACAGAUAAUUUUCAAGUUUAUACAUACCAAUCUUUAUGUCAGGAAUAUCGAAACGACACGGGAAACAUCACUUUUGUUUUUAAGGAUGGAUACUGCUUUAUAAACAACUUAUGUGUGGCUGACGGAUCAACAAAUACAAACAACAACUGUGAUAUAUGCAACACAACCCAGUCAAAAUAUGAAUGGUCUUUUAACAAAGGCCACUGUUUGAUAUCCGGGAUUUGCUACAAAUCUGAUGACAUCGAAGGCACAAAUCCCUGCAGUAUAUGUGAUCCCUCUGUAGAUACUACAGCAUGGUCACCGAACACAAAUUUAUGCUUCAUUGAUGGCAUAUGUUACAUGGAUGGUCAAACACAAACAGACAAAGAUUGUCAUGUCUGUCAAUCAAAUUCAUCAAGAACCAACUGGACAUUGAAAAAAGAUUUUUGCUCCAUUAAUGGUACAUGCUAUAGUGAUGGUCAAACACAAGUAGAAAAAGACUGUCUUUUCUGCCAUCCAAAUACAACAAGAACCAACUGGACUUUGAAAAAUGAUAAUUGCCUUAUAAAUGAUUUGUGCUUAACGAAUGGAAAAUUCAAUAAAUCCAACCCAUGUCAACUUUGCAAUACGUCACAAAGCAAAGACUCUUGGGUGGAAAACCUAGCUUUCUGCUCCAUUAAUGGUAUGUGCUACAAUGAGAGUCAAACACAAGAAGGAAAAGAUUGUCUUGUCUGCCAGACAAAUUCAACAAGAAGCAACUGGACAUUGAAAAAUGAUCACUGCCUCAUAAAUGAGUUGUGCUUUCCAAAUAGCCAAUUUAAUGAAUCAAAUCCGUGUCAACUUUGCAAUACGUCACAAAGCAAAGACUCCUGGACGGAAAACCCUGUUUUCUGCUCCAUUAAUGGUAUGUGCUACAAUGAGAGUCAAACACAAGUAGGAAAAGAUUGUCUUGUCUGCCAGCCAAAUUCAACAAGAAGCAAUUGGACAUUGAAAAACGAAUUUUGCUUCAUCAACGGUACAUGCUAUAGUGACGGUCAAGCACAAGUAGGAAAACACUGUCUUGUCUGCCAACCAAAUUCAAUGAGAGCUAACUGGACCUUAAAGAAUGAUCACUGCCUGGUACAAGAAUUGUGCUUUAUGAAUAGCCAAUCUAAUGAAUCCAAUCCAUGUCAACUUUGCAACACAUCACAAAGCAAAGAAUCGUGGACAGAAAACCCUGACUUCUGUUCCAUUAAUAGUAAAUGCUAUAGUGACGGUCAAACACAGUUAGGAAAAGACUGUCUUGUCUGCCAACCCAACUCGUCGAGAACAAACUGGACACUGAAGAAUGAUCACUGCUUGAUACAUGACUUGUGCUUUAAGUAUGGCCAAUCUAAUGAAUCCAAUCCGUGUCAACUAUGCAAUACAUCACAAAGCAAGGACUCCUGGACAGAAAACCCUGCUUUCUGCUCCAUUAAUGGUAUGUGCUACAAUGAGAGUCAAACACAGGUAGGAAAAGAUUGUCUUGUCUGCCAGCCAAAUUCAACGAGAAGCAACUGGACAUUGAAAAAUGAUCACUGCUUCAUUAAAGAGUUGUGCUUUCUGGAUGGCUAUUCUAAUGAUUCCAAUCCUUGUCAACUUUGCAAUACAUCACAAAGCAAACACUCUUGGGUGGAAAACCCUGACUUUUGCUCCAUGAAUGGUACAUGCUAUAAUAAGGGUCAAACACAGUUAGGAAAAGACUGUCUUUUCUGCCAACCAAAUUCGACGAGAACCAACUGGACACUUAAAAAAGAUCACUGUCUGAUAAAAGAGUUGUGUUUUAUGGAUAACCAGUCUAAUGAAUCCAAUCCGUGUCAACUUUGUAAUACGUCACAAAACCAGGACUCUUGGACGGAAAACCCUCAUUUUUGCUCUAUUAACGGCACAUGCUAUAGUGACGGUCAAACAAACGAAGGAACAGACUGUCUUUUUUGCCAACCAAAUUCAACGAGAACAAAAUGGAUAUUGAAAAAUGAUCAUUGCCUGAUUAAUGAGUUAUGUUUUAUGAAUGGCCAAUCUAAUGACUCCAAUCCGUGUCAACAUUGCAAUACCUCGCAAAGCAAGGACUCUUGGACUGAACACCCUGAUUUUUGCAUCAUAAACGAUACCUGUUAUAGUAACGGACAAAGACAAUUCGGAAAAGACUGUCUUGUCUGCCAACCAAAUUCAACAAGAAACACUUGGACAUUGAAAAAUGAUCAUUGCCUGAUACACGAUAUCUGCUUGAUGAAUGGCCGAUCUAAUGAAUCCAAUCCGUGUCAAUAUUGCAAUGCGUCACAAAGCAAGGACUCUUGGACGGAAAACCCUGAUUUCUGCUCCAUAAAUGGCGCAUGCUACAGUGACGGCCAAACAGAAGUAGGAAAAGACUGUAUUGUCUGCCUACCAAAUUUUACAAGAAGCAACUGGACAGUGAAAAAAGAUCGGUGCCUGAUAAAUGAGUUGUGCUUUAUGGAUAACCAAUUGAAUGAAUCCAAUCCGUGUCAAUAUUGCAAUACGUCACAAAGCAAAUACUCUUGGACGGAAAACCCGGAUUUCUGCUUUAUAAAUGCUACAUGCUAUAGUGACGGUCAAACAAAACUGGGAAAAGACUGUCUUUUCUGCCUACCAAAUUCAACGAGAACAAACUGGACAUUGAAAACUGAUCACUGCCUGAUUAACGAGUUGUGCUUUAAGAAUGGCCAAUCUAAUGAAUCCAAUCCGUGUCAACAUUGCAAUGCGUCACAAAGCAAAGACUCUUGGACGGAAAACCCUGAUUUCUGUUCUAUUAGCGGCACAUGCUAUAGCGACGGUCAAACAAACGAAGAAACAGACUGUCUUUUCUGCCAACCAAAUUCAACGAGAACAAAAUGGACAUUGACAAAUGAUCACUGCCUGAUUCAUGAGUUAUGCUUUAUGAAUGGCCAAUCUAAUGACUCCAAUCCGUGUCAACUCUGCAAUACCUCGCAAAGCAAGGUUUCGUGGACAGAAAACCCUGAUUCUUGCAUCAUUAACGGUACAUGUUAUAGUAACGGACAAAGACAAUUCGGAAAAGACUGUCUUGUCUGCCAACCAAAUUCAACAAGAAACACUUGGACAUUGAAAACUGAUCACUGCCUGAUUAACGAGUUGUGCUUUAAGAAUGGCCAAUCUAAUGAAUCCAAUCCGUGUCAACAUUGCAAUGCGUCACAAAGCAAGGACUCUUGGACAGAAAACCCUGACUUCUGCUCCAUCAAUAGUACAUGCUAUAGUGCCGGUCAAACACAAGAAGGAAAAGAAUGUCUUGUCUGCCAACUAAAUUCGUCGAGAAUGAAGUGGUCACUUAAGAAUGAUUACUGCCUGAUAAACGAGUUGUGCUUUAGAAAUGGCCAAUUUAAUGAAUCCAAUCGGUGUCAACUUUGCAAUGCAUCACAAAGCAAGGACUUUUGGACGGAAAACCCUGAUUUCUGCCUUAUUAAUGGUACAUGCUUUGGUGACGGUCAAACGCAGGUAGAGCAAACCUGUCUUGUCUGCCAACCAAAUUCAACAAGAACCACCUGGACAUUAAAAAAUGAUCACUGCCUGAUUAAUGAGUUGUGCUUUAUGAACGGCCAAUCUAAUGAAUCCAAUCCUUGUCAGCUUUGCAAUACAUCACAAAGCAAAGAUUCUUGGACGGAAAACCCGGAUUAUUGCAUCAUUAACGGUACAUGUUAUAGUAACGCACAAACACAAUUAGGAAAGAACUGUCUAGUAUGCCAACCUAAUUCAACAAGUAACACUUGGACAUUGAGGAAUGAUCACUGUCUGAUAAACAAGUUCUGCUUUAUGAAUGGCCAAUCUAAUGAAUCCAAUCCAUGUCAACUUUGCAAUGCUUCACAAAGCAAGGACUCUUGGACAGCAAACCCUGAUCACUGCCUGAUUAAUGAGUUGUGCUUUAUGGAUAACCAAUCAAAUGAAUCAAAUCCGUGUCAACUUUGCAAUGCGUCACAAAGCAAGGACUCUUGGACAGAAAACCCUGAUUGUUCAAACAUGAUAUCAAACGAACCCUCCACUGCUUCAAGCUCAGAACCUACCACUACAACACCAGAACCUACCACAACAACACCAGAACCUACCACCACAACUCAUGAACCUACCACAACAACACCAGAACCUACCACCACGACACCAGUACCUACCACUACAACACCAGAACCUACCACAACAACACAAGACCCUACCUCCAAAACACCAGAACCUACCACUACAACACCAGAACCUACCAUUACAACAUUAGAACCUACCACAACAACACCAGAACCUACAACUACAACACUAGAACCUACCACAACAACUCAAACACCUACCACUACAACUCAAACUCCUACCACCACAACACCAGAACCUACCACCACAACACCAGAAGCUACCACUACAACACCAGAACCUAUCACUACAACAGUAGAACCUACCACCACAACACCAGAACAUACCACUACAACAUCAGAACCUACCACAACAACACCAGAACCUACCACUACAACACCAGAACCUACCACAACAACAUUAGAACCUACCACCAUAACUCAAGAACCUACCACAACAACACCAGAACCUACCACCACGAAUCCAGUACCUACAACAACAAAACUAGAACCUACCACUACAACACCAGAACCUACCACAACAACACCAGAACCUACCACCACAACUCAUGAACCUACUACCACUACAACACCACAACCUACCACAACAACACCAGAACCUACCACCACAACUCAAGAACCUACCACAACACCACCAGAACCUACCACCACGACACAAUUACCUACCACAACAACACCAGAACCUACCACAACAACACCAGAACCUACCACAACAACACCAGAACCUAAAACUACAACUCAAACACCUACCACUACAACUCAAACUCCUACCACCACAACACCAGAACCUACCACAACAACACCAGAACAUACCACUACAACACCAUUACCUUCCACAACAACACCAGAACCUACCACUACAACACCAGAACCUACCACAACAACACCAGAACCUACCACCACAACACCAGAACCUACAACCACAACACCAGAACCUACCACCACGACACCAGAAUCAACCACUACAACAGUAGAACCUACCACCACAACACCAGAACCUACCACAAUGACACCAGAACCUAACACUUCAACUCAAGAACCUACCACUAUAUCACCAGAACAUACAACCACAACUCAAGAACCUUCCACAUCAACACCUGAACUGAUCAUUAUAACAUCAGAUCCCUUGACCACAGAACAGCCUAAUUGUAUGAAAAGUCCAGAUAACGUGUUAGUAGAGUAUCAUAGUGUAUCAUGGGUCAGUACCACUGAAACAAAUACCACGACAAAACGGACCGUGCACCAACCAUACAUUAACUUCAAAUGUAUGUUUGUGUUGCGUCAAGACGCAUCAGUAUUCUACAAGAUUGAGUGGUAUGUCAAUAAUGCCACUUUGAUCAAAACAUUUACAGUGUCAGAGGCUGAUAUUGGUCAGGCUUCUUUGUCCUCUAAUGAUCUACCACCACUUGACAAGACGGCAGGACUUCAGAUACAAUGCACAGUUAGUGUGUCAAAAGAUCUUGCGCCUGUAAAUUGCGAACGUAAAACUAGCCCCGUCAUCUUUGCUGGGAUAAAGGUAAACCAAUCAUAUCAUGAUCUUUUGCGGAAAGGUAAAACGUCUAUUAUGCUGUACAUGACUAUUCCUUACGUUAUAAAAACCGUAGUUGUGAAUGGGCAAGUUCAACCACUGCCUGCCUUGGCAAUAUAUCCUCUUCUUCCUAAAUCAACAUCCAGCUGCAGAGGUUCUAUUGGCGUCGAUAAGUGUGUUAUUGAAUUCAAGGCAUUUUCUUUCAAUGAGAGACAAAAAUAUGAUUCUCAUGACUGGCGACAGAAUCAAACGCUUGUUCUGAAUCAUGUGGACACAAAUGGAUAUGAAAUUGAUCAAUCCAUGACGAUACAAUUAAAGACUAGGUCAGAUGGUAAUACAUUUUGGAACAAUUUUAAUCAAAACAUAUCGAUGACAAUCACAGAUUAUAAAGAAUAUUGGAAAGGGACGUCGUGUGGCUCGAAAACUGAUCCCCACAUGUAUACGUUUGAUGGCGUAUCAUAUGAAAAUCACAUAGAGGGAGAAUUUAUCUUAUAUCGGAAUAUGUUAUAUAAUCAGGAGGUACAGACUAGACACAAGCAGUGUCACCCUGAUUACAAUUUUCCUCACUGCACAUGCGCAGUAUCUGUUCAAUCAGGCCAAGACGUUUUUCUUGUUGAUCUCUGCGGGGACAUACAAUUCGUUGAUUUUCUCAGCUGUAAUGAAAGCGUCAUUCAAGUCUACAAAAUAAGUGACAAACACUACAAGAUUUCUUUACCUACUGGAACCUACGUGAUGGUGUCCCUUGUUGAGUGGCCUGUCCAAGGAUCCUGGCAGAUAGACAUUGAUAUCUAUCCGUCCUUGUCUGAUGUUAAUAACACAGAAGGUCUCUGUGGAACUUUAGACGGAGACCGCGAUAACGACUUUAGAAGACGGAACGGGGACACAGACACUGUGAGCCUGGUAUAUCCGGAUGACUUCUCAAAUUCAUGGAAGGUGUUAGGUGAUGAAAAUUUGUUGAAAGAACCACUCUCUACGAGACAACCAAUUUCGUCAACCCUUGAUAAGAUCUGCAUGUGUACUUUAAAUGGUGAUCAAUGUUUAUACAAUACUAUGAUGCAUUGUUCAACAACUGUUGAAAAACAAUUCCUAUGCACCGCUCUAACAAUUCAAACUUCAGUGUCUCGUAAAAAGAGAGAUUUAUCAGGGAAAUGGAUACCUCCCAGCCUUUCAGUGCCAACACCUUUAACAAGAAACAGACGAGAUGUACAAUUCAACACUUCAACUUCACGAGAAAAUGCAGAGUCAGUUUGCACCUCAGCGUUUGAAAGUUCUGAUCCAUAUAAAACAUGUCAGGAAUAUGUCAGUGACUUGAGCAAUUCAUCACUUUCAAACUGCAUAAACGAUGUCAUUAUGACAGGCGAUCAUAACAUCACAGCAAUCCAUGUUGAAGCGGCUCUACAGCAAUGUGUUACUUUUGUUGGCCUGAACACAACACUACGAAAUGCUAAUCCAGUCGUUACUACUAGCAUACAAAGUCUUUGUCCUAGUAAUUGUAGCGGACAUGGCGAUUGCAACAAGGGUAACUGUUCGUGUGAAGUUGGAUUUGGUGGAAGUGAUUGUUCCUUUGACAUUCUGUCACCACCAGUUAUCUGGGAAUCUACACCAAGUGGUAUUUGUGACAAAUCUCUGCAUCAAUGUUCCAGGGUAUACCUCAAAGGGCGCUACUUCCUAGAAAAUGUUGAUAAAAAUUGUUUCUUUAACAAACAAUCAAUUCGCCAUGAUGGAUAUAUUCUUGCUUUCACCCAACUAGAGAGCUCCGUAGAGGAGGAAAAUCUGUUUAGGGGAUCAUGUUCCAUACCAAGCGAUGACGUCACUUCCUGGGUUACCAAGUACAUGUUUAAUGUGUCCUAUGACCGUAAACAAUUUACUCAGUCGUACUCGUUUUAUGCGUAUCAAUCUGAAUGCCAAAAACACUCAGUGGAAAACGGACAAGACCAUUUUACAUUGAAGAAAGAAUACUGUUUUAUUAAUAACACAUGCGUUCAACUGGCCGCUGUUAAUCCUGAAAAUCGGUGUCAAGAGUGCAACCCAGGCAAAAACAACUACCGAUGGUCUGGAAUACAAGAUUGUGAGUCCACAACAACACUAAAACCAUCAGCUUUAUCCACCUCCACUGUAGUUUACAUAGUCACUGCAUCGGUCCUGGUUUUUCUUUUUGUGGUUGCAAUUGUAGUAGUAAUCGGAGUAUGGAAAUAUCGUAGGUCCAGGCAGUACGCUGAGAGCAGUGAAGAUGAGAACACAGACUACAGGAGGGAUGUCGUCAGUAAAUCCUGGAUGCGCUUCUUUGAUGACGGAAAGUUCCCAUAUAUUCCUAGGGGCAGUCGAUAUUCUGCUGAGACUUAUUCCAGUUCAAAAACUGAACGAUUUUAUUAAAAUCCAGUACCAAUGAUAACUUCAGAAUGUAUUCAAAAAGUAAUAUUCUGAUUGUGUUUAUACGACUCCUAAUCAUAAAGCACGUGCUAUCAUGUUUACAUUUAUUUUUUCGUAAGUUGUGAUGAAAUUUUGAACAGAUUAAUUUUGAAAAGUAAUUAACAUUGAUAUAAAAGCGAUAUUAUUGUAUAGCAAAAUUCAUUCAUCUCAAAUAUAAUUUUAUUAACAACGAGAAUUGUAACACAACAUUAUAUUAAAUCCCUUUUGACAAUCCAACUAACUAAAACUAACGCUUUCACGUCUCAUUUUAACUCUUUAUAUCACUGUAGAUUGUAUUGUUCAGUACACUUUACCAUUAUGAAUUACAAGUAGAUACAUGUAACUAUAAUAAAUCAUAUUUACAUCGUU